AUGGCGGAAGCGGGCUAUGGGGAAGCGCCUGAAGUCUCCACUACUCUGUGGCAACAAUUAUGCCCGAUACGCAGGCCUCUUCCACGCUUCCCACGGACCACAUCUGGCCUUCGUGACGUCCCAUCCCGGCACCACUUGCCAAUCGUCCGCCGUCAGCUCGCGCCCCUCUGUAUCGUGGAAGCCACAAACAGCGAGAUACGUCAGCUCGUUGACUCUGCGGUGCGAUCGGGGAAAUUUCUUGUCCCGUUUGAGCACAGCAUGGCCAGGCGCACGCAGGUACCACCUAUGACAUGCGGCGGACCCUGCGUGCACUCGACGCGUACUUGGGCGGAAUCGACCCGAAGUCGCUCGUUGGGUCCCCUGCCGACAGUCCACGACCCGCAACACCACGCCGGCCCCGAUGGUGCUUCAUCAGCUCCCCGUCAUCGAGCUGGCGCGGGUCCAGAAUGUGGCCGGAUUCUGGGGUACACUGCCAGAACAACCGAUGUCGUUGCCGGCGGCGUGAUGAACGAGUUCACCAGCGCCGUCGACACUGUCACGGCGGUACUUGAUCCCAUUGGACACCGACUAUGUCCCAACAACCUCAACGGCUGGGGUAUCACAUCUUUCCGGUCCACUUCUUCCUGGAUCACGUCGGCGAACGACAGAUCUGCAGUUACUGUCAAGUUCUGGGUGUGGAGGCCUGACGUACUGUGCCUCUUCCCGAUUUACGUCCAGAUGUGA